AUUCGUUGUGAUCCCGGCUAGUCGGGCUAUUUCACUGUCCGUUUUGGCUCCCAGUCGGUUCUCUGAAUCAUCUAGGUACCUAAGCAACGGUAUCUUUUCUCUAAUUGGAGCUUGGUCUGCGUUGUCGCUUCACUUUCCCAGGCAAUGUACCUUGGGUGCGAUGGAAGAGGCGAAAGAAUAAGACUCAUCAAGUCCAGAUGACCUUUGUGAACUAUACUGCAGCUUAAUUCUGGACUCCGCUUUGGACAGGUUGUUCCUUCAGUCGGAUGGAUCCCAGAGAAUACCCAGCGCUAUAUCACCAUGGAGUCACGUAGAGAAAGACCUGAAACCAAGCCUCUCGCAAGCGUGUCGAAUUUGCAACCCCAUAUGGCUUCCCGCUAUCCACGAGAAUGGGGGCGCAGCCAUGCAACUAGACAGGAAGCUCCGGAUUACAACGUUGUACGUUCGCGGGCGACAGUCUGACUUUGUCGAUGCGCUGGGCCUCUACGUUCACGGCGAGCAGACCAACGUAUUGCAUUGGCUAGUUCCUAUCGAUCCACGGCCAGGGCCGGCGGCUAGAGGGAAAAUCACUGAUCGAGAGCGAGCGGACCUCAAGUUCGCUCAAAAUUGUUUUAGGUUUUGCCGAGAAUAUCACGCGAAGACGUGUGGGAUGGUACCGCAAUGGGUUCGAGGGCUAAAGCUGAUUGAUUGCAAGACCAGGCAGAUUUCAAAGGAGACAUCGAACUAUCCGUAUGUCGCCCUGAGCUAUUUAUGGGGCAGCCGGACUCCAGCACCACCAAAUGUGCACGAUGGAAUCCUGAAAGAAGUGCCAAAAGUCAUUGAAGACGCGAUGACGGUGGCUUCCUCGCUUGGUAUUUCAUUCUUGUGGGUGGAUAAGUAUUGCAUUGACCAAGCCAACGAAAAGGAACGGUGUCAUAUGAUCCAAAACAUGGACUGGAUCUAUGAAGGUGCAGAGUGACCAUUUCGCAGCGGCGGGAUCCAGUCUGGACUUUGGGUUAGUCGGUGUGUCCAGUACCUCGCGUGAACCUCAUCGCAUAUGCAAGUGGGAUCGCAUACUCUUGUGUCCUUCUCGCACCCCGGUUUGGAACUCCUCUCUUUGAAAUGGUCGUCUAGAGGCUAGACAUACCAAGAAGGCCUGCUUUCCAGGCGACGGCUGGUAUUCUCCGAGUCUCAGGCGUAUUUUCAGUGCUAUCAGACACAUGGCGCUGAGGCGCUCGAGCUCCCUCUUCAGGAAUGACAUGCGACUGACGUCCGGAAUGUUCGUUCAUUGAGCAUAUUUCCCGAGAACGGAAUCGGGAAAGGAGGUUAUGAUAUAUAUCGACGCCUGGACGAUUAUUGCGGUACAGAGUUCACGUUCCAAAGCGACAGUCUCAACGCCUUCCUCGGGAUUUUCAACGCUCUUCGGACACGAGAGCCUUGCGUGUUUCACUUCUGGGGCGUU